UAAAUUAAAAUAAAGUUAGAUUUUUCUUUUGGCUCCUGAAUUAAACAAACAAAUUAAUCUUCGUAAUGUAAUCAUUUCAAUUUGUUUCUAUCUCCGUUAAUUUCCAUAUAUAAAUAUUCCAACGGGGACCCAAACUUUAUUUUCUUUUCUCAGCCUACCAUCAUCUCUCUUUCUCUGUCUCUCUCUCUCUCUCUCACAGAAACGUUUGAGGAGAAAACAAAACUUGGUUGUAACUAGUUUACAAAUGCAGACGAGUCGGUUACUCUCUUUUUCCUCUAACUCUCCGAGUUUCGGCAGCUUCUCUUCCACCGUUGACCUCGCCGCGAUCGCCGCUCGAGUCGUCGAAGAAUUCAGAGAUCAAGAAGAUACACCACAACCCUCCGACUCUCCCCGACGCAACGAAGACGAUGAUGAUGAAUCAGAAUUCGCCUUCGACUGUCCGAGCCACGUGUGCUCCCAACCUCUCGUCACCGCCGACGAGAUUUUCUUUAACGGUCAGAUUCGUCCUCUGAACCCGUACGGUAGCAAUGCUCCGGCGAAAUAUCAGCCGACGCCGCGUCGACGUAGACCGGCACUGAGGAAACUGAUGAGCGAGGAAUUACGAGAUCCGAUGGCGGCUUCGAAUUCGUCGUCGGAAGCUGAAGAGGAUCUAAACGGUGUUCCGCCGGAGACGUACUGUGUAUGGACACCGCCGAAACAACCGAGUUCAGGAGAAGAUGGUGAUGAUCUCAAAGGACUCUCGUCUUCUCCGUCACAGAGCAAGAUCAAAAGCAACUCAGCUGGAUUCUCGAAACGUUGGAAGCUGAGGAAUCUUUUGUACGUUAGAAGCAGCAGCGAAGGGAACGAGAAGCUCGUGUUUCCGGCGCCGGUUAAGAAGAGCGAUGAGAAAGAAGAAGAAGAAGAGGAAGAGGAAGCGUCGUCAAAGGUGGUGGCCGGAGAAGAAGGAAGGGAAAGGGAGGAGACGAAACGACAGACGACUUCGCCGUAUAGGAAGGAUAUGAUUGGAAUAUUAAGAAAUGUCAAUGGGCUAAGUCGUCAUUUACGUCCUUUUUGAUGCUGACGUGGCUCUCCUUAGACGCGGACUUUGGGUGGGCUUCCGUUUCUUUCUUUCUUUUUCUCACUUACUUUUCUCUCUUUUUUUUCUUUUUUUUUUUUUUUUUUUUAAUUUUAAUUUUUUCUCUCAACCUUUUUCUUUUAUUAGUUUCCGAGAAAAUCUUGAGUGUUGGGCGAGAAAGUAAAUAUUUAUUUUAUAAUGUGUCGGUUUUGGAUUAGAUUUGUAUAAGUUUUUGGUGGUUUGAUUAUUGGAAUGGAGACUAAUGGCCUUUUAUUCAAAUAAAACUUGUUGUUCAUCGUCAUUAUGUUGAAUUGUGUAAGUUUUUAAGUUACUUAAAUUUAUGUGAGUGUAUGAAUUUGGAUAA